AUGGAUUCACCAAAAACUGUUCCACUUACUCCCACGUUAAUCACUGUUUCAUCCACUGCGACUCUUCCCACUUCUUCGUCCGAAUCUCCUUGGGAUUCUUUUUCAAAAUUCGUCGACAACAUAUUUUUAGUAGAGUCCAACCAGAGUGAUUAUGGAGUAGCCACGGGAUUUAUUGAGGAUGAAUCCCAACCUUUUGUAUUUUCUUCUCCAGAGUUGAAUGCGGAAACUAUUGAAUCAACGCUUUCGAAAAGGACUCCCAAUUUUGAGUCAUCUAACACUGCACAAAUUGAAGCCUACUGUAAUCCAGAUCUUGUGGACGAUAUCUUGGCGGAGUUGCAAGAGGUUGCUGGGACAAGCAUAAUCCAAGCUUUUUCCAAUAAAGAUGAACAACCUGAAGUUUAUGAAGAGCAGUCAUCUUUUGAAUUCUGUAGUAACCAAUUUGGUUUAUCCACCUCAAAGGCUUAUAAGGAACAGGGGAGUGAAGAUUUAUGUGAACAGGAUGGUAGUGCUAUCUAUCAGGAUUACUCAGAUUUUGUGCCUCGAUCUUGUAAUGAACAGUUAUGCAGUGCUACUUCACAUGGAGCCUAUGAAUGCAAUAGCAAUGAUGCAUUUUGGAGAGCUUUUCAGGUUGGUCAACCCCUACACGGUAUGCGUCAACGUUACCUUCAAUCUAAAGAAGCUGCAGCCAGUGCUCCUCAAAACAAUUUUCCUUCAAAUUAUACAAUCAAUGCUGAGAUGACAACACAAUAUCCAUGCUUGGUUGAGGACACAGACCUCUCAGUUAUGAACUUCGAAGCAACAUUUAACAACAGAGUACCAGCAGCAGCCAAUUCAUCUCAUUUGGUGCGGACACCACUACGUCCUGCAUCUGUUGGCAACCCUCUCUUGCAAGCUCCCCAGCCUUCAGGUAUAGGGUUGCACCCAAAUAGCGUCAUUUUGGAGCCCUGCAAUGCUGUUGUAGGACGUACCAACAAGGCCAUUUCAUUACCAAAUUCCUUCAUUUUGGAGCCCUGCAAUGCUGCUGCUGUCAAAGCCGAGACAUCUGAAACUCCACAUGACACAAGAGAUUCUGACUUCAACCAAUCCCCUAAUCUUGAAAAGAUCAGUAAAGUUCUUCCCAGAAGGAAAAGGAAGAGAAGCUCAGUCAAUAACAAUGGCGAUGAUGCAAAACGUUGCAGCUGCACAAAAUCAAAGUGCUUGAAACUGUAUUGCGAUUGUUUUGCUGCUGGGAUGUAUUGUUCUGAGUCUUGUUCUUGUCAAGGAUGCUUUAACAAUCCAAAAAAUUUACGAACUGUUCUUGAGACGAGGCAUCAAAUUGAAACCCGAGAUCCACUUGCAUUUGCUCCAACGGUUAUUGAGGACCGUAAUGAGCUUCCAGUAAAUAAUGAGAACGGAAGCCUAUCGACUCCACCCUUGGCUAGACAUAAAAAAGGUUGCAAAUGCAUAAAGUCUAUGUGCUCUAAACAAUAUUGCGAAUGCUUUCAGGCUAAUGUUGGAUGCACAGGGAGAUGUCAAUGUAAUGACUGUAGGAAUGACCAUGGCAAGAGAGAAGUGAACUGCAUUGAAAAAGAAAAAUUUUAUGGGACUCCAGAGGUGGUGCCAACUGGAAAAGCUGAUGUUGGAAGCGUGGAAGGCAGCUUGAUUUAUGAACAUGAUGCGACGGCAUUAAGGAAAGAUAUCUCCCCCUCUGAGUUCUGUAGUCAACAACUCAACUCCCCGCAAACACCAUCGUUCCAAUACUCAGGUUACGAAACGGAUCCCCUAAAAUCCUGGAUCGUGCCCGGAAUAUGUCGCCCCUCACCCGAAUUUGAUACGGCAAGCUCGUCUACUCCAGAUUGCUACGACAAGUUUGUAGAACCAAACACAGACAUAAUGGAUGCAAAUUCUUGCCAAUGGCGGCAGCAGCAGAUCAAUUCAACGCCAUUCAUACCAUCCAAGCCAAAGGGUUGUACAAGCAUGUCACGUACCGACCAGCUACGCAUUGGAAGUAGUUCACCCGACACGCCCCCAGUUCAGGAAGGCCAGAAGACGUCCAUUAAUGGAGGCUCUCCAGAAACAAAUAUGGCUUCUUUUCCCCCUCAUUAUGGUAACAACGAAUAUGAGGUUGGGAUGAAUAAUUCUUUGGGGAGGAUGGAGCGCCGUAGAUAUAUAGUGAAGUCGAUGCCUCCCUUCCCGCACCUCACCCCACGCGACAGAUGA